AUGCUAUGGUGGUGUAUUCUUUCAAAGGCCAUCCCUGUUCGUGCUAUUCUGGCUAAACGUCUGACCAUUGAGGAUGUGUCGUGCCCUUUAUGUGGGGGUAGUGAGGAAACACUGGAACACUUAUUUCUUACUUGUAACUGGGCUUCUCACUUAUGGAGAGCUUUCCCGUGGGGAAUAUCUCCUAAUCCUAAUCCUGGAAAUCGUCUCUGGGACUGGGUGAAAUUCAUCUGGAGACUUGACAAAAUGGGCAUUAAUUCAGAUGAAGUCUUUCUCUAUGCUUCAAUUGUGAUUGACACUAUCUGGAGGACGAGGAACGAUAAGGUACAUAAUAAAAAAGUGUCCAAUAUAUCUCAGUGUGUUGACUAUAUUUCCAACUCUUAUGCAGAUUACAGAGCUUCCCUAUUACCAGCUCCUUCCCCAUCUGAGGUGAUUUGCUGGAAGCCUCCCCCUCAUGGCUGGAUUAAACUUAAUUGUGACGUGAAAGUGGGGCUGGAUAGCAUGUAUGCUGCAGUUGUGGCUCGAAACCAUCUGGGGGUGGUGGAAAGAAUUCAGUCUUCUAGUUUGGCUUUCUGUGAUGCGCUUUGUGGAGAGGCGACUGCUUGUUGCUUGGCUUUGGAGGUGGCUAAAGAGGCAGGCUGGAAAUUUAUCAUUAUAGAGAGUGAUUCUAGAGUGGUUAUCAAUUCAAUCAACGGUUUGGAUGUUUGUUGGGGAAUUGAAAAUUACUCUAAUUUUUGUUUAAGACUCUCUCGACUGUUUGAUGGUUGUAAUUUCUCUUUUGUUAGUAGAUGUUGUAACUUUAUGGCUCAUAAUGUGGCCAAAUGGACUUUCACGAACUACCGGUUUGGUAGAUUGAGUGAUUCGUCUUUCCCGAACAAUAUUUUAUGUAACGACCGUGAGGUCUAA